AUGAAAAUCAUGCUGCAAAUAGCGCUGGUGCUCGUCGGCGUCGCAGCGUUGCAGGCGCCGGCACCGACGCGGAGCGGCACCGUCCCCGCGUCGACGCUCGCGCCGCCGCCGGAGGCCGCGGAGGACGUGCUGCCGCUCGACGUCGGCGAGCGCAAGGCGCUGAGCGUGACGGAGCGCCUGAGCCGGAGCCUGACGUUCUACUCGCGCGUGCUGCCCAUCCUCGCGCGGUACAAGCUGGCGGAGCUCGACCUCGAGCAGCGCUGUGCCGACGAGGAGGAGUGCUCCGCCGAGUACUCGGAGCUCGACGAGUGGGGCAGCGACAAGCUGCGCGACGCGAUCCUCGAGCUGCAGGGCUUCUACGUGAAGAGCGGCCAGGUGCUGUCGACGCGCGUCGACCUCUUCGCGAAGCCCUACUGCGACAAGCUGCAGGUGCUCCAGGAGGGCCUCGCGCCGAUCCCGACGGACGUCGUCAAGGAGGUCGUGAGACGGGAACUCUGCGGCGACGGCACUCUCGAUGAGCUCUUCAGUGACUUUGAAGAAAAACCGCUCGGCUGCGCGUCGAUCGCGCAGGUGCACGCCGCGACGCUGCUCGACGGCCGCCGCGUCGCCGUCAAGGUGCAGCGGCCGGGCGCCAAGCCCCUGCUGCGCGCCGACGUCGCGAACCUGAAGCGAUUCGCGAAGCUGCUGGCGGACGCGCUGCCCGUGGACUACUACGUCGUCUUCUCGGAGUUGGGGGACGUGCUCGAGGGCGAGCUCGACUUCCUCCAGGAGGCCCAGGCCAUGGAGAAGCUGCACGCGGCGGUGCGCUUCCGGCCCGACGGCCGCGCGGCGCCGGCGCCGCUCCGCGUGCCGCGCGCCGUGCCCGGCCUCGCGACGACGAAGGUGCUGGUCAUGGAGUUCGUCGAGGGCGUGUCGCUCAACAACCUCGCGGCGGAGGCGAAGAAGCGGGGCGUCGAGCCGGGCUCGCCCGAGGCCAAGAUCCUCGGGAGCCGCAUCGUGCGGGCCCUGGGCGAGGCCUACGCGCGCAUGAUCUUCGGGGCGGGCUUCGUGCACGGCGACCCGCACCCGGGCAACGUCUUCGUCCAGCCGGGCGGCGACGUCGCGCUCCUCGACUGCGGCCAGACGAAGCAGCUGUCGGCCGCGGACGUCGAGCGCCUCGGCGCCGUCAUCGCGCGGCUCCAGGCCUACCGCGCGGCGCCCUCGGACCGCGCCGCGCUCGCCGCGCUCGGCGACGCCGUCCGCGCGUACGGCGUCGAGCUGCGGCCGCGCGACGUCGACGAGCUCUACGAGCCGACGAAGGCGGCGGCGGACCUCGACGACGACGCCUGCCUCGCCGCCAUCGCGGUCACGCUCUUCGGCGACAAGUCCGUCGACGAGAUCCCGGGCGGCUACUCGGCCGACGAGCUCUCGGCGGACUCGCCCCUGAAGCGGCUCAAGUCCUUCCCCCAGGCGCUCGUGCUCAUGGGCCGCGCGGCCGUCAUCAUCCGCGGCAUCGCGUCCAAGCUCGAGGUGAACUACUCGCUCGCCGACGCGUGGGAGCAGGCCGCGCGCGAGCGCGAGCCGGGCCUGCCGCCGCCCUGGGCGCGGCCCGAGGCGCAGGCCGCCGAGGACUCCGGCGGCGAGCCGCGGCUCCGGGACCUCUGGCGCGCCGUCGGCCGGCGGACGCGCGAGCGGUGCGGCGCCGUCGCGCAGCGCGUCCUGCCGGCCUGGGCGAAGAAGCGGAUCGCGGCGCGGAUCGCGCGGCGGCUCUAA